AUGUCAAAAACUUUAUACACAAUGGAUGCUGAAUUAAAAGAAUUGGCUGUUUCACUUUACGAAAUAAAUGCAUUAAAGUUUGGAGAAUUUGAAACUAAAAUCGGUUUAAAAACUCCAGUGUACUUUGAUUUACGAGUAAUAAUCUCGUAUCCAAAAGUAAUGGCUCGUUUGGCUAAAACAUUAUGGAAACUUUCAGAAGACUGUUCGAAAGUAGAUCAGAUUUGUGGUGUUCCCUAUACAGCUUUACCAAUAGCCACUUUAAUAUCUGUUGAUACUGACAUUCCUAUGUUGAUUAAAAGGAAAGAAGCAAAAACAUAUGGUACAAAAAAGAUGGUAGAAGGUCAUUUUAAGCAAGGAGACCACUGUAUAAUUAUUGAGGAUGUGGUUACUAGUGGUAGCAGUAUCUUAGAAACUGUACAAACUCUAAGAAAAGAAGGUUUAAAAGUAACAAAAACUCUUGUAGUAAUUGACAGGGAACAGGGUGGUAAAAAGAACAUUGAAAAUCAUGGAAUUCAAAUGAAAAGUCUGUUCACAGUUACUAGAUUGAUGGCAUACCUUCUAGAGACUAAUAAAAUCAAACCAUACAUUGUAAAAGAAGUAACUGACUAUUUGUUGAAAUACCAAGCACCUAUUGUUUUUGUUCAAGACGUUCCAGAAAAACGAUUAAAGACCCCGUUUCACGUUCGUGCAACCAAAGCUAAAAAUGAAAUUGCAACCAAGCUUUUUAAUUUAAUGGAAGCAAAACAAUCCACUCUAUGUUUAGCAGUGGAUUUGACUAAAGUGGACGCGAUUUUAGAGUUGGCAGACUUAAUAGGACCGCACAUUGUGGUUUUAAAAACGCAUGUUGAUAUAAUAGAAGAUUUUAAUAACGAUUUUAUAAAGCGCUUGAAGGAAUUAGCUAAAAAACACGAUUUCUUAGUGAUGGAGGAUAGAAAGUUUGCCGAUAUCGGUAACACAGUAUCCUUGCAAUAUGAGAAAGGCAUUUAUAGAAUAGUAGAAUGGGCAGAUAUUGUUACAGUACAUGCCGUUGCUGGUCAAAGUAUCAUCGACGGUUUAAAACAGGGUUUGAAACAUGUAACUGAACCACGUGGUAUUUUUAUAUUAGCAGAAAUGUCUUCCAAGGGUGCUUUGACGAGCGGUGAAUACGCACAAAACGCGGUAUCCAUCGCGCAAAGUUCAGACAUGGUAACCGGUGUCGUUUGUCAAUCAAAUAUUUUCUCGACUAUAGGACUUGUUCAAUUGACACCUGGAGUAAAGUUGUCGAAAAGUUCCGAUAAUUUAGGACAGCAAUACAAUACUCCAGAAUCGGUUAUAAAUUCUGGGGCCGAUUUAACUGUAGUCGGUAGAGGUAUUACCGAAGCACAAGAUAAAUUAGCUGCAACGCUGGAAUAUAAAAAGGAACUUUGGACAGCUUACGAGAAACGAAUAUCGAACCAAUAAUUUUAGCUAUUCCUCAAAUAACUAACAUUACGGUACGAGGAAAAUAUAUAUUCUUUUUAUUAUUUUUGAAAAUAUGUGCGCAGCAUUUAAAAACUGUAAUUAAUUAGGUAACAAUUAGUCUUUUUAGACUGUAAAUAGAACGAUACGUAAAUUUACAAAGAUUUCAAUGUAUAUAUAUUAUACAACAAUACAUUGAUCUAUUCACAGUUUUGUACAAAAGAUUCAAAAUAUAUUCACAUGUUCCCGUUAACCCUGAUACAGUAUAAUAUGUCCAUGUGGUAUUAUACAAAAAUCGUUAUAUUUAUACCUGUACACUGUACCUCUUUUGUAUAAAAUGCGAUUAGAUUAAUCUUUUUUUCUCAAUCUCAUAGAUUAUGUGUAUAAAAUAUAAAUAUUUUACAAUGUUACGUGUAUGCUACACUGUCAUGAAAUACAUAUAUAUUUUCCAUAAUGAA